UUGCUUGGGUCUGCAGUCGCUUCUGCUCAUCUGACGUUAGCCAGGGGGGGCGCAGAGAAACCUAGAUUUUUAUUUUUCUCCAAGCUUUUCCCUUCUUACCAGAGAUGUCUAGGUACCACAAAGCAGCGACUGAUGGAUACGUGGAACUCUUGAAGGAGGCCACGGUGAAGGACCUGAACACCCCGGAUGAGGAUGGCAUGACUCCCACCAUACUGGCUGCUUUUCAUGGACAUAUCAGUGCUCUUCAGCUCAUAUGCAGCAGAAAAGGAGAUCCCAACAGGAGUGACAUCUGGGGAAACACACCCCUGCACCAUGCAGCAGCUAACGGCCACAUGCACAUCCUCAGCUUCCUGGUCAACUUCGGCGCCAACCUUUUUGCUCUGGACAAUGAAUUCCACACGCCAAUGGAUGUCGCCGCUUCACGCGACCACAUGGAGUGUGUGCGCUUCCUCGACGCUGCUGCUGCAAAGCAGACCAACCAAAAUCCAAAAAAGGUCGCCAAUCUGAAGAAAGAGGCCGAAAAAGAGGCAGAGAAACGCGUGAAACUCUGCGAGAAGGUGAAGAAAAAACACAAGACCAAGAUGGAUAGAAUGCAGCGUGGAAGCAACUCCGGCUCCUUUUCAGAUGCAGGAACGGCGUCGCCAAUGUCAAACAAUGGCACCAUCUCGGGCGUCAAUGAACAGUUCUCCAAGCUCAUCACUGAUGAUAAAGUUGGCUCUAUUAAAGGCACACUCCUGAAGAAGUUUGGGAAGAAGGACAAAGGCACGCUGCAGAGGUCAGAAGGAAGUGGGAACGUUAUCUUCCUCAAACCCGAGAGCGGAUCUGAGAACCCAGAGUUUGUGGACGUCUUCAACGAGCAGGACGAGAACAUGUUAGAAGAAAUGGACAGCUUCGGAGAUGACGACGACGAUGGAGGCCAAGUGAAACAAUCCAUCUUCAAUCGGCCCGGCCUUGGAGGCCUGAUGUUCAGGAAGAAGAUGGGGUUAGACUCUGACGACAUCCCCAGCAGUGCCAAUGAAAGCCUUGGUUACCUCGUUCAGAGCGAGCCGUUUGAGGCAGACGAAGACACCUCUGGCUUGAUGACGGGUGACAACGCACUGCCGUGGGAACAGGAAGAUCUGGGACUGGAUGAUGAUGAAGAUGAGGACACCUCUCCUUUGGAUGUGUUCCUGUCCUCUAUCUCCUUGCCAGAUUUUACGCCCGCAUUCAACAGAGAGCACCUUGACUUGGAGGCGCUCAUGCUUUGCUCUGAUGAAGACCUCAAAGGGAUCCGCAUCCAACUCGGACCCAGGAAGAAGAUCUUGGAAGCUGUUGCUCGGCGAAGAAAUGCCCUGGAAAAUGCAGGCAUCAUGAAGGACAGCUCCUUGUGAUCUUAUACAAAAACAGUUAUUUAUCCUCCAAAUUUAAAAUAAGCCUUUUGUCAGUUCGAUUUCUGUAUAAAACAAACAUGAUUCAGCAAACUAGUGAAAAAUUCCAACAUUUCUACAGAUUGAACUUUAUUGAUCAUAUUAUGACAAUAUGUUCCGUGUAUACCUGUUAUAUUAAGUUAAAAGUGCCAUGGCAGCAUCAGCCAACAAUAUCAACAAUAUCUUAUACAUCUGGUUUUAAAACAAGAGAAAAAAAAGGAUAAUUAUGUGAAAAAAAAAUAAAGAAUAAUGAAUAAUAAAGUGUUGGUAUUGACCUGCUGGCUGACUUUCUCCACAUAUGAGGUGAUAUGGCACACAGAUGAUUUGCUUGUGCAGCUGUAUGUUUUAUUGUAAUCAUGUCGACCUCAGAUAACACACCUGCUAAAUAAACAAAACGCGCAUG